AUGUCCCUUGUUCAAUAUUCUGACUCGGAGUCCGAAUCAGAGUCUAGAUCUUCUCCCCCGGCGAAAAGGCCCCGCCACGAUCCCCAGCCAUCGCUGCCGCCUCUUCCUGCGGCGUUUCACGACCUCUAUGCAUCAACCACACGCGUGAGCGUUCAAGAUGAUCCUAGUCUCCAUGGUGGCCGGAAACGCGUAAUCCCCCAUGUCGAAGGCAACUGGCCAACGCAUCUUUACCUUGAAUGGUACCCAGCAAAAGAAGAAUUGUCGCUUCUUACAAAUUUGAUCACUCAAAUCGACAAAUCGUCUGCUGAUAGCUUGCACGACGUGCAUAGUCUGCUGCAUAGCGAUCUUGGUGCUCAGCUACCGCUUCACAUCAGCUUGUCUCGACCAGUGGUUCUUCGCACUGAGCAGCGCGCUUCAUUCACUGAGAAGUUGCAGAACUCUAUUCGACAAUCUCAUGUCUCUCCAUUCAAAGUACGGCCCAAUACCCUCUACUGGGCGUCGAAUUAUGAGAAGACACGUUGGUUCCUGGUCUUUAGCGUCCAAAAACCACCACAGGACCAUUUGAACCGUCUGCUCAGACUGUCCAACAACACACUGAGCCAGUUUGGCCAGCCGCCACUCUACGCAGGCUCUCGCGCCCAGGGGGACGAAAACCCUGUGUCGCCCAGUACGCACUCUGAUAAAGAGCAGUCUGGCGACUUCUCUGGGUGCUUUCACAUAUCUCUUGCUUGGACUUUGGAGGAGCCCAGCUCCAAGAGUCGUGAUCAAGUUGCGGGUAUUGACCUGCAGGGUUUGAAAGAUCUUCAGAUCGGGUUUGAUAGUGUCAAAGCAAAGAUCGGUAACAAUGUCACAAACAUCGAGCUGGACAGAAGCUUGACCUAA